AUGAAGUUGCCACACUCUAGUAAACUUAAUCGUGCUACGGGGCAUCGCAUGGCCAUGUUAAGGAACAUGGUAUCUUCUUUAGUUGAGCAUGAUAGAAUUAAAACUACUUUAGCCAAAGCCAAAGAAGCACGAAAAUUAGCUGACAAGGAACAUUUUAAGACGAUUCCUAAACUCUUUGGAGAGAUGGCAGAUCGUUAUCGUGAAAGAGACGGCGGUUACACUCGAAUUCACCGAAUAGGCAACCGUGUCUCUGAUAAUGCACCCAUGGCAGUUUUAGAAUACGUCGACGCUCCAGGGGAUUUAAAAUAUGAAAUGUUAAUAAAACAACUUGCAAGAAAAGAAAUUGACCCAUCUCUAAAAGUUCCGACCACAUUUAAUGGAGAGGGAAUAUCACCACUGAGAAAGAAACGUGAAUUUAAAAAAUGGGUGGGUAGACUUAAGGCUCAGAGAAAAUUUGAAAAGCAAGUGGAAAAAAUGGUGAAAUGUAAAGAAAUGACACCUAGAGAUUUGGAUAGUGCAAUUUUACAAGAAAUUCGUAACCUUAAAAUUGCUGAUGAACGUAAAGAAGAUAUGAGGAUUAAAUAUAAGUUGAGAAUGAAAGGUGGCCAUUUGUCUUACGAAAAUAUGCGUUAA